AGUCACCAUGGCGCCCCUCCUCGUAGACCUCGACGUGUACCUCGCCGACCCCAGCUCGCCCGCCGCGCAGGCGGAGGCCCGCAAGGCUGCCGAGUCGCUCAUCCUCACCGGCGCGCUGGUGGUGCGCGACUCGCGCGCGCCAAAGGAGGCGAACGACCGCUUCCUCGACCUGUUCGAGGACUACUUUGCCCUGCCGCAGGCCGAGCUCGAGAAGGAUGAGCGCCCAGAGAUCGGGUACCAGGUGGGCGUCACCCUCGAGAACACCGAGAAGCCCAAGUGCAGCCGCGACGACGAGUGCCAGGCCAUCAUCGCCAGUCUCGACCCCGCCGAGCGCCCGCUCGACCUCACGGGCCACGACGCGGACCCCAAGUGCCGCUUCUUCCACCGCAUGGCUGAUCGCCCGCCGUACGAGUCCAAGUUUCCCAUUUCGACCGCGCCGAACGUCGUGCCCAAGGCAUUCGAGGCGACAUGGGAGGAAGGUGUGAGCGAGUGGGGCGGGUUCAUCAAGCAGGCUGUGGAGGGUGUGGCGCGUAUGGUGGCGGCGGGUCUCGACCUCGACGAGAAGACCUUCCUCGACGCUGGCCGAUAUGGAUCCCAUCUCCUGGCACCCACCGCGACCGACCUCGUCAAGUUCGGCGAGCUCGACAGCAUCUACGCCGGCUUCCACACUGACCUCAACUUCCUCACCAUUCACGGCCAGUCGCGCUACCCAGGACUCAACAUCUGGGCCCGCAACACGGGCCAGCGUAUCCCUGCUCGCGUGCCCGAGGGCUGCCUCCUCGUCCAGGCCGGCAAGCAGCUCGAGUGGUUGACUGGCGGUCUCAUCAAGGGUCAGCUUUGUCGUCGUCGGGGUCUCAAGCUGACUUUCGCAGCUGGCUUCCAUGAGGUCGUGUGCAACCAGGCGACGCUGGACGCAAUCGCUCGUCGCAAGCAGACACACCCAGACCGUCCUCUGACUCGCAUCUCGUCGACUUUCUUCUGGCACCUGACACCAGACUUCCCCCUGGCGGCCAUGCCGGAGCUGAGGAAGCGCGCUGAAGACCGGUUCGGCCCGCAGAAGCAGUACGGCGAGAUGCUCGUUGGCGAUCAGGUCCGACAGGAACUCGGCCUCAUCGCCUUGAUGUCGUAGGAGUAGAG